AUGUAUUUUAACUUCAAUUCCAUUGCAUACGCAAUCGCUGCACUUCUCACCAUCCAAGCAGCAGCUGUACCUAUCACUGUCAACCCCCUGGCUCAUGGAGCAUCUGUAGAAUCUUCCACUGGGGCAGUCCGUACUUACUACCAAGCCAACGACGGAUCCAUCGUCGAGAUCAUCCCGAAUUUCCCCGCGACCUUGGGUUACACUAGCAGCGUGAUCGUUGCCGCAGGAGUCGCAAAGGCUAAUACUCCUCUUGCUGCUAUAGCUUGGGGAUCUUUCGACGAGAUACACCUCUACUACAUCGGCACCAGUUUCAGCAACACACACCUGCGCGAAAAAAUCUGGAAAUCUGGCACGGGAUGGGCAGACGGGGGACUCAAUACACUCAGCUACACAACCCAAACCAACACGAGUUUCCUGACCGCAUAUCAUGAUGGAACGACGGUAGCGGGCAGUACAUGGCGCGUGGCGUUUGUAUGCUCUACAUUGGGAGCACCGGUGCCCGGUAGUCUGUGCGAGGCGUCGAAGUCGUCGUUGCUUCCGUGGGUUGUGGCUUCUUAUAUUUAG